ACAAAUGGCGUAAACAAUGCGUUUUCAUACCUCGUUCUGUUUUGCUGCAAUUUAAUCGCUAUUGAACGGUAUUUUUGAAGUUUUUCUAACGAAUUAUAAAAAACUGUGCUCGACAACGUGUGGUAUGUUGAAGUGCAUUACUUUGAGUGUAAAAUUUAUGUGGUAUUUAUAAAAAAUGUGCAGAAGCUAAUGUUUUCCAACAGUAGAACGGAAAGUGCGAGGAUAAUGUUCUUAACAAACGGAAUUUGGCACUCGGAAGUGGCAUAGGUUAUGCACGAAGGAAAGUUCAAUGUACUGAAUUGACAUAACUCUGGUUUACUGUGAAGAGUCACAAUCUUUGUUUCGCGUGAAAGUAAUUUGUGUGUCAUUUCCACUAAAAAUGCAAGUAGUAGUAAAAUGCAAAUAACCGGCUCCAGCUCUAGUUGGAUUCGUCGAUGAUCCGUCACGGGAAAUCUAUACGAGUGGAUAAUUUGUUCUAGAACCACCACCGCCCAAGCAUAAAUAUGCGUAGGGGCAUGAACCUUCACCACAAGAGCAGUUCAUUUUCGCACCAAUUAAACGGAACAUGAGAAUUCGCGUGAUUCCGAACACUUAUUUCUGUCCAAGGUGUGUGUGUAUAUUACACGGUUUACACGUGUUGGCAUGUGUUUAAUACCAUAAGUGUUCUUCAGUUAAUUAAAUGCUGCCACUAUGCUGUAGAAAAGGAUUAAAUACUACAUAGGAAUUGAGGUGUUAUAUGAAGGUUGUUUAUAUGAGUAAGAGGAUCUCUCAAUAAGGUGUUAAUAACAGCACAAUGAAAUUAUUAGGGACGUGUGUUCGGUGAUGAAGUGUCAGUUGAUGCAAAUUUGAAUAGUGAAAGUGAUGUGCCUGGUGAAACGGAGAAGCGAUGUGGGCUGGCUUUGAUAGAGUUGGUAGUGCUACUAAGGUCGAUGGUGCCAGUCAUAGCCAACAGGAAACUUUGGCCGAUAUAGAGCAUAUCUCGACGAUUGCCGGGUCACUUGGUAGCAUCGGGACGAUUUCACAGUGUGCUGAUGGCGAGCCUGUGUAUGAGACGGAUCAUACCGAUCUCAACUCCGAAUACGAUGAGGCGGAGAUGCGCAAGGAACUCAUGAAAGAUAAAUGGCGACAACUUUUCGAUGCGUUUGAUCCGGAAGGCUUCGGAGAGAUUCCUGUCGAUGAAUUCAUCGAUGCUCUCAAGUCACCAGAAUUCAUUUCCAGUGUUCCACCCAACAAACGCGAUAUUUUGUAUGAUCGGGCCCUGAAAGCCAAAUCUUCGAAAUCGGACUCCAUUUCGUUCCAGGAUUUCGUUAAUGUGAUGAGCGGCAAGCGGUCGCGUAGUUUCAAGUGUGCAGUACAUCAUCGCGAUCGUGAAGUUUGUUCGGAGAACGAUUUUCAUCUGAUAUUUGAAGAUCCACCAUUAUUCAAGAGAAUGGUGCACGUAAUUGCAAUGGAAGUGCUCCCCGAAGAGCGGGAUCGGAAAUAUUAUGCAGACAAUUAUUCAUGCUGUCCGCCUCCAUUAUUUGUGAUAUUAGUUACAUUAGUUGAGUUGGGAUUCUUCACCUAUCAUACAUUGACCUCGGGACAAGCGGAUCCGGCCGGACCGGUUCCAAUCGACUCGAUGUUCAUUUAUCGGCCGGAUAAACGACACGAAAUCUGGCGGUUCCUAUUCUACAUGGUUCUACAUGCUGGGUGGUUUCAUCUCGGCUUCAACUUAGUCGUUCAGCUCCUAGUUGGAUUACCAUUGGAGAUGGUACAUGGAUCAACUAGGAUCGGUUGUGUAUAUUUAGCAGGUGUCCUUGCAGGAUCGCUAGGUACUAGUGUAUUCGAUCCCGAAGUAUACCUAGUUGGUGCUAGUGGUGGUGUUUACGCCCUUCUAGCUGCCCAUCUGGCUAACGUGAUGUUAAACUACCGAAACAUGCAAUAUGGAGUAAUUCGGUUGCUGGCGAUAUUCCUGUUCGCAUCGUGCGACGUGGGUUUCGCGAUCUAUUCCCGGUACGCGGUGGAACCGGAAAGUGGUGCGCCAUCAGUAUCGUACGUAGCCCAUCUGACCGGAGCAUUGGCUGGGUUGACGAUCGGGCUGCUAGUGCUGAAAAACUUCGAGCAGAAACUACAUGAACAGCUGCUCUGGUGGGUGGCGCUGGGAGUGUAUGCAGCGUGCACAAUUUUCGCCGUUGUAUUCAACCUGGUCAACACCGUCACCGUCCAGAGGCUAGAGGAGGAAGGCGAACAAGUACUGAAGCAGCGUCUUUUCAACAAUUUUGGAUUUUAGAAAACCGCACACAGACACAUAGUUGGGUUUGGGAAUACACUCGAAUGUGCUCGGUAGCGUUCUAAACGCACCCCGUGAUUUAAAACUUUCUUCGUCUAGUUCGGGGUCGAGCGGAAGAGUAUAAAAUUCAAAAGCGAGUGAAACAUGUAGUCUUCGGUACCGUUUAGUAGACUAGUGAAACGUCGAGGCUGUGCAUGCGAAUUGAACUAUUGAGGGCCUCGGAAAAAGUUGUGAUUUGUGUAUAGACUUAUUUUCUAUUUACGUGUAUGUUUACAUUUAGCACCAUCGAACACUUGUUGUUAGGGACUAGCGUCUUGAAUCGGAAGAGCAAUAAAUGCAAUGAAAGAAAGCUCAGUGACCUCGACAGUCUGAUCCUUCGCACAGCAGGCAACGAUCGAUCGGACUAGCUUUGUGUGAUGUUUUGUAAAGAUUCGAAACGGAAUGAACGCGAACGUUUUGCACGACAAUCGAACUGGCUGCGUAUGUAGCAUAAAACUUUGAACUCCAAUCAAAUACGUAACAUUUCAAUGAAUUCGAUAGAAAAAAGUGCAUUACUUGCAGUUCAAAUGAAUUGAACUGAUUAUUCCUUCGCACGGAUAGCCAUUUAGAUGGCGCAUUGCACCGUGAGACGUUCCAUUUCGAUCCAAGAUACCAAAGACUGUAAAUGACAUUUAAACAAAUCACCUGAAUACACGAUGAUAAUAGGUAGCAAAUAUCGUAAAUCGAAGGAGUCGAUGAUCUCCUAAUCAAGUCCAGUAAAGCCUGUAAAUAUGUGAAUUUUUAUAGCAAUCUAAUUAAUCCGAGUUCAAUCCAAAACAAAAUUUCGAGAAUUUUUCAGUGAAUUUGAAAUUAAUACGAAAUUUCAUUUUGUACAUUUACUCACUAACCUCACUGCAAAAUGGUAUACAAUUACCUAUCGUUCCAAAUAAGAAAAAAUAAAGAGUCUACCGAACUCUGAAUUGAAUACUACUAAUUGAAAAAAAAACACGCAUUAGUAUUGCAUUAUUACUGCAAGAGGAAGAAAUCAAUAAUUCUAGUCAAAUCUCUAUGAACCUACUAUAAUAAUUAUUAUUCAUUUAACCUAAGUAAAUCCGACUUUCUAGAGAGAAUAGAACAAAAAAGUAUUGUAGAGACAAAAAUACACUCAACCUAUUCAAGUCAUUAAUCACAAAGAACUAAGCGAUUAUUUAUUAUUAUUUUUCUCUAACAAUGCAAUCGAGAUAUAGCCGUCGAACAGUGAAAUACGUCCUCAGCGGUGGAACGCGGCACGGAUCAGCCGCGCCAGCUUCCAUCUCUCUCUCUCUCUCACUCUCUAGUUUUCUCCGUUCCAUUUGCAAAGAGACAACAUGUUAUGAAUCGAUUCUGUUAAGCACGAUCCUAAUUGUUUUUUUUUGUCUAUAUAAUUAUGAUUAUUUUUGUUUUAUUAGGAAAAGCCAAAGAAGAUUUAUUUAUUUUUAUAUCGUAAAUUAUUUCGAAAGCAGAGCAGUUCUUCGCAGUUAUGAAAUUGUCUUUCCAUAGGAAAUGUUUGCGUUUGAGACGAGAUCGAUCCGAAAACAAAAGUCGGAUAUGCCUUACCAAAUAGACGAAAACCAAAUAAUGAAUGACAAUGAAACUCCACUCUCCCAAAAUAGUCAGGUAAACCGCUCUCGAAAGUACAAAUGAUGCAAAUCGAAGUGCUUUUUCCAGAUUUUAAGCAUCACUGCCAGUAAAUUUGAUAUUACUUUUUCAAGAUGAACAUAAGAACACAGCAACAGGCAGAACCAGAAAACGCAUUCAUUUUCUCACGUGAAAAAAUUUGAGUGUCCCCUUUGGGAACAAAAUCACUAUCUCACACGGAAAACAACCGGAAAACUCUAAUAGGAUGUAUUUAUAAUAAAUUAUUGUAUGCGAAAAAAGUAUAUUCAAAAGCAAAAGUGGCAAAAAUUGUCGGAAAAAACUUUAAUAAAAAAUUCGAAAAUUACACAA